GCGGUUGGAUCAUACUUUCCAAAUUUUGACCCCACCAAAGAUCAAAAGACGCCCUCAAUCGGAAAAUUGGCGGUUUUGCGCUGCUUCUCGGGCCUCUUCAUUCCCCUGCACACCCGACACCGACUCUCGCUUGGCCGUGCUCCCCGAGUCACCUAGAAAACCCCGCCUCAACUCCGUCGUUCGAGACAGUUUUCUUUGACACAACCAUCACCGAAUACCUGGAUAUCACAACAGCGAAACGAAACCAUGGCUUCCGCACCAAACGCCAACGGCGAUGCCGCCGUGUCCGAGUACGACCUGAUGCUCAAGCUCGUUCCGCACCUCGACCGCCACAUGAUCUUCCCUCUGCUGGAGUUUAGCGCUGGCCAACUGGUCGAUGAGGAGAGCGGCGAUGUCAAGGAUGAGGCCAAGGCGCGCGAGAUCACACAGGCGAAAUACUCGCUGCUCAAGAACUCCAACAUGACCGACUACGUUGCCAACCUCUACUGCGAGCUUGCCGGAAUUGAGGAGGCGCCUGCGGAGUUCGCCGACAAGAAGCAAAAAGUGUUCAGCCAGCUCGAAAACUACGAGCAGCAGACCAGCAAGAUCAUCGAGCUUUUGGAGCGGGAGGACGUGGUCAACAACCUUCGAAGUGACAAGGUUGCCAACUUGGAGUUUUUGAAGCGGGAACACCAGGUCACAAUGGAGAUGGUCAACGCGCUCUUUGACCUCGGCAACCUACAAUACAGCUGCGGUAACUACGGCGGUGCAUCCGAGAUGCUUUAUCGGUUCCGCGUCCUCUCGACCGAUAACGACAAGGUAGCGUUUGCGACGUGGGGUAGGCUGGCCUGCGAGAUCCUCAUCAUGAACUGGGAAUCGGCAAUGGAGGAGCUGCAAAAAGUCCGCGAGACCAUCGAUACCAGGUUGUCACAGAACCCCCUUGCUCAGCUGCAACACCGGACCGCCCUCACCCACUGGGCCCUGUUCCCCCUCUUCAACUUCGAGAAAGCCCGCGAGCCGAUCCUCGAGCUGUUUUUCAACGCCGGCUACAUCAACAGCAUCCAGGCCAACUGCCCCUGGAUCCUGCGAUAUCUCGCCGUCGCUGUCAUUACGAACCGUGGGCGCGCAAAGAACCCCGGCAUCCACCAGAAGCAGAUGAAGGAUGUGGUCCGCAUCGUUAAGCAGGAGGCCUACGAGUACCAGGACCCCAUCACCCGCUUUGUGCACGCCCUGUCUAUCGACUUCGACUUUGAGGAGGCCCAGCGCCAGCUUGUCUUGGCCGAGGAGGUACUCCGCGGCGACUUCUUCCUGCUCGCCCAUGCCGACGACUUUGUCGACUCGGCGCGGCACCUGAUCUUCGAGAGCUACUGCAAGAUCCACGCCCGCAUCUCACUCCAGGACCUCAGCGCGCGGCUUGGCCUCAAUGCAGAUGCGGCCGAGAAGUGGAUUGUGAAUCUCAUUCGCGACACCAGGCUUGACGCCAAGAUUGACUACAAGGAGGGCACAGUCGUUAUGAACCACCCGCCAAGCUCUGUGUAUCAGCAGGUCAUUGAGAAGACGAAGGGAGGCUUCUUCAGGACGCAGGUCCUGACUGCGGCGAUUGCGAAGUAGGAAAAGCAAUUAGAAACCGAAGAGGCCUGGGAGAGAUCGCCCCGCCGACUGUGGAAUGAGGAAUCGGCCACCGCCCCCAGCGAGCCAUCCCGGCGGGUUAGGCUGCGCUAGAAAGGAGCAAGUGUUCGGUAUUUUGCCGCCACAUGAAGCACCUUGGAGAACUUGGGCUUGGGGAUCGGACUCCCGAACUGAUCAUGUGGCCUGGUAGAGGGGGCUUUGGGCCCGGGGCUGGGAACGGUAUACAUCGUGCGAUGGCGGCGGCCAUAUUACUAUGCCGUGACAGCGAGAGACGAGCAGCGAUGUACAUAUACCUCGGCGGCGCAUGAAAAGGCUUAUGGUUAAUGGUUCAAUUCAAGAAAUUCACACCCGCG